ACGGGGGGCGUGGUCUGUUCAGUCACGUGGGCGCAGGCCUCUACUGCUCUGCUCCCUCUAGAGCGCCCAAGGUCUGUCUCUGUCCAGAACCUGGGGACAGACGCUCUGCUGCAAUGGGCUCUUGGACUAAGGAUCAGAGCUGCCUAGCGCCCAGCUUGCUGCAGAACCAAGUGGCCGUGGUUACCGGAGGAGCCACGGGCAUCGGAAAAGCUAUCUCCCGGGAGCUCCUGCACCUGGGGUGUCAUGUGGUCAUUGCUUCCCGGAAGCUGGACAGAUUAAACUCUGCUGUAGAUGAACUGAGGAUGUCCCUGCCUCCCUCUAGCUCUGCGCAAGUCACUGCCAUACAGUGCAACAUCAGGAAAGAAGAAGAGGUGAAUAAUUUGGUCAAAUCGACCUUAGCUAAGUAUGGUAAGAUCAACUUCUUGGUAAACAACGGAGGAGGCCAGUUCAUCUCUCCUAUUGAAGACAUCAGUGCAAAGGGAUGGCAAGCCGUGAUCGAGACCAACCUGACAGGCACCUUCUACAUGUGUAAAGCAGUUUACAAUUCCUGGAUGAAAGAUCAUGGAGGGUCGAUUGUCAAUAUCAUCGUCCUGAUUAACAAUGGGUUUCCAACAGCCUCGCACAGUGGAGCUGCAAGAGAAGGCGUCUACAACCUCACCAAAUCCAUGGCUUUGGCAUGGGCCAGCAGUGGAGUAAGGAUCAACUGCGUUGCUCCUGGAACCGUUUAUUCCCAGACUGCUGCUGACAACUAUGGCCAACUGGGACAAAGCAUGUUUGAAAUGGCCUUUGAGGCCAUCCCAGCUAAGCGCCUUGGAGUCCCUGAGGAGCCGAAGCACAGGAAAGAGAGUCUGGCUUCUUACAGCUGGGGAGCUGAAAAAGAAGAGACCAUCUGAAUAGCCUUCCAGAUGAAUGUCAAUCUCCUUUUCUUCUUUUAAUGCAACAAGUGAUAAGAAAUUUAUUUGUUUUGGUUUGGUUGGUUGAUUUUGGCUUUAUUCUUUUGAAAUUGGCUGGCCCUCAAUUUGAUAUGUAGCAGAGAAACUUGUAUUUCUGACCCUCCUGCUUGCAUCUCCCGAGUGCUGGGAUUACAGGCUGGUGCCACCUGGUUUAUUCACCGUGGGAGAUCGACUCUGGGCCUUGUGCGUGCUGGGGUUCAGCUGCACCAACCCCAACAGUUUCUUUAAAAUUAGCUGCAGUGUGGAACCUGAUAUGGUAUCAGUAUACUUUCUUUUUUUUCCCCCAGGUUUAUUUAUUUAUUUUAUGUAUACAGUGGUUUGCCUGUUUAUACACCUGCCUGCCAGAAGAGGGCGCCAGAUCUCAUUAUAGAUGGUUGUGAGCCGCCACGUGGUUGCAGGGAAUGGAACUCAGGACCUCUGGAAGAGCAGUCAAUGAAUGCUCUUAACCCCUGAGCCAUCUCUCCAGCCCCCGUCACUAUACUUUCUGCGCCCCGUUAAUUUGAACCUUCCUUUUGCACACCGUGGAUCUUUGAUCUAUUUAAUUUGUAACAUAGGGCACCCGUCCUUUGCAAUGACCUGCUCACCCAGUCAGGCAGAUCGGAAAGUUGACACGGUCCGUUAGGCAAUAUGGAAAGAGCACCUUUCUCAAUGUCUCCACCCACUGCUCAAGUCUAUUUCACGUGAAAGCCCAACAUUGAAAACAAAGUGUCAGUUGUUUUUGUUUGACGUGAGAGCCUUCCUUCCUUCAUUUACAAAAAAAAAAAAAUUAAGAAGGUGCUUGCUGAGAUGGAGAGACUUGUUUGGAGAAGAGGAGGUUCAGUGGGAAUAAUAGAGAGAUGGGAGAGGGAAAUGGGGGGAAGAAUGACCAGAAUUCAUUGUAUACACACGUGAAAUUGUCAAAAAAUACAUGAUAAAAAAAAGCUUGGCCAGAUACUCAUUUUAACUGUAAUCCAGCCAUUUUCAUUUUAAAAGUGGCUUGUGGAGCUAGAGAGAUUACCCAGUGGUGAAGAGCACAUGUUGCAGCCCAGUGAUGGUGGUGGUGGUGGUGGUGGUGGUGGUGGUGGUACACACCUUUAAUCCCAGCACUCAGGAGGCAGGUGGAUCUCUGAGUUCGAGGCCAGCCUGGUCUACAGAGUGAGUUCCAAGACAGUCAGGGCUAUACAGAGAAACCCUGUCUGGAAAAACCACAACAACAAAAGAUCAUAUAUUGCUCUUUCGGGGUACCCAGGUGUGCUUCUCAGGAUCCACAUCAAGGGGCUCACAACCAGCCGAACUGUAGGUCUGUGAGGUCCGAGUCCUGUGUCUGGACCCUCAGGCACCUGUACUCACAAGUGUACAUACUCACACAGGGACACAUACACGAUACACACAUAGAAAUAAAAUGUAAAAUUAGUGGGAGAAACAGUCUUCCCAGGGAAGAGCACACCAAUUAGUUAUCCCGUACCGAAAGAUCAGCUCUGAAAACAUACAUACAAGUAACAUUAUACAGGCUGAAGAGGUUAUAUUCAGGAAUAUAUGUGCACAUACAUAUAUACAUAUAUAUAUAUAUAUGCAUGUAACAGCAAUUAAUCAAAAAAGAGGUCAUGAUUUGAAAGAAAGCAAGGAGGGAUUUAGGGAAAGGUUUGGAGGGAGGAACGGGGAGGGGGAAAUGAUAUAUUAUUUCAGCCGGUGGUGGUGCUGGUGGUGGCGGCGGCGGCGGCGGCGGCACACAUCUUUAAUCCCAAAACUGGGGUGGGGGGAGGGCUGUGCUAGGCAGAUCUCUGUAGUUCAAGGACAGCCUGGUCUACAGAGCAAGAUCCAGGACAGGCACCAAAACUACACAGAGAAACCCUGUCUUGAAAAAAAAAUUUUUUUUAAGUAAAAAAUUAGUUCAAUUCCCAGUAACCACAUGGUGGCUCACAACCAUCUGUAAUGAGAUCUGGUACCCUCUUCUGGCCUACAGGCAUACAUGUAGACAGAACACUGCAUACAUAAUAAAUAAUUCUAAACUGGGCGGUGGUGGCACACUCCUUUAAUCCCAGCACUCGGGAGGCAGAGCCAGGCGGAUCUCUGUGAGUUCAAGGCCAGCCUGGGCUACCAAGUGAGUUCCAGGAAAAGGCGCAAAGCUACACAGAGAAACCCUGUCUCGAAAAACCAAAAAUUAAUUAAUUAAAAAAUUAUAUUAUUUCAAAAAUAAAAGAGAAAAACUUCAAGCAGUUUAAAAGUUAAAUCUUUAUGGGGCCGGAGAGGUGGCUCAGUAAGCAGUUAAGACACGUUGCUCUAGCAGAAGAUUCAGGUUCAGUUCCCAGCCCCCGCAUGGUGGCUCCACCCACCUGUAACUGCAGUUCCAGAGGAUCUGGUGCCCUCCUCUGACCUCUGCAGGCACGGUCACACAUGUGGUGCACCUGUGUGCGUGCAGGCAAAAUACUCAUGCUCAGAAAAGAAAAAGCCUAAAAGAAGUUCAAUUUAAAAAAUGGCUUGUUCCAUUAGUAUAAACAUAUAUUCUCUUUCUUGAAAUGGCCACUGUACUUCUCUGUGGAACAAAAGCACUUGGGGUGUGUGUGUGUGUGUGUGUGUGUGUGUGUGUGUGUGUGUGUGUGUGUGUGUACUUCCUAUUUCAUCACCUAGAACACUAGGAAGAUAUGCACUCAACCUCCCUCCAUUUGCAUGAGUAUCUGGAUCAGAAUAUUAUGACUGUUGGCACAACUACUAAUAUAGUUUGUAUUCUUUAAAAACAUUAUUUUUACACUUUUUAAAAUUUUUUAUGAGAUAGGGUCUUACUGUGUAGCUCUGGCUGGCCUGGCUCUCAUUCUGUAGAUCAGGCUGGCCUCAAACUCACAGAGAUCUGCCUGCCUCUGCCUCCCGAGUGCUGAGAUUAAAGGUGUGUGCUAGCAAGCUCAGAUACAUUUAUUUCUUUUUUUUCAUUUUCCUGUUUUGGUUUUUUUUUUUUUUUUUUUUUUUUUGAAACAGGGUUUCUCUGUGGAUCCCUGGCUGUCCUAGAACUCACUCUGUAGACAAAACUGGCCUUGGACUCAGAGAUCCACCUGUCUCUGUCUCCCGAAUGCUGGGAUCAAAGGCGUGCGCCACCACUGCCCGUCCUAUUUCCUUUUCUUGAGUGCUUGUGUGACAGAGCAGAAGUGUGGUAGUCAGAGGACAGUGUUCAGGUGUGUGUCCUCUCCAUGUAAGUUCCAGUGACUGAAUUCAGACCAUCAGCCUUGGCUGCAAGCACCUCUCCUGGGUGAGCCACCUCGCUGGCCCCAGUGUGGAAUUCUUGCCAGGACUCAUGCUGAGGCUCCGGAAGUUUUCCCAUCAUUGCUUUGGCUCCGUGAGUAAAAUGUCAACACAGUGACAAUGGCUUCGACCUUAAAAAUCCCCUGAAGGAACACAGCCAGUCGAACUCAGACAACUACUAACAUAGAUAGCUAUUGUGAAAUGCAAAGUGUGGGAGAAACUCUGGUCUCUGUCUGAUGGUGUGCUGUGUCUAAGAUCAGCAAAGCUUUCACACCAGAUGCAGCUGGCUGACCUGUUUAUCAGUGGGGUGUGUGUGUGUGUGGUGUCCGAGCCUGUGUACAGACAUGCAUGUGUGCUAUGGUGCAUGUGCAGAGGUCAGAAGACAACUCUGUGGAAUUGUUUCUCUCCUUCUAUGGAAUCUGAUCAAAUUCAGACUGUCCGCUCCUCUCACUGUUUGUUUGUUUGUUUUUCCCCCGUUUUGUUUUUUUACAUAUUCGUUAGUCCCUGGUAUAAAAGGCAGGAGAGGGAUGUGCUCAGAACCAUCACCCUCUGUGGAACUCGGCUUCCUUUGACCAUCGGUAAAAUGAAUUCUGUUUGGUUUGGGGAGUUCCUCCAAAAUCACCAAGUGACUAUGUUUCGGGGGACGUGGUGGGACCUUGAAGUCCCACUGGGGGACGGUUGUGAUUGGCACAGCUGUGCUUUGGGCCACAGACUGAACAAAUCAGAAUGCCAACCCUGCUACACAAACUCACUGUCUCUGGGACCAGGAUGUCAGGAGCACGUGGCAGCGAGGACAAACAGGCUUUCGUCAGACAAGGGGGGAGCCCCGGAAGGGAGUUCACUGUUGACUCGGGAAACGGCUGAGAUUCAGUGUUCACCUGUGGCCUCUCCAUGCCACGCCAGUUGACUGCCACUGUCUGAGGCUUCACAUCUUACCAUCUGUCCCUGAUUUCACUGUUGUCCAAACUGUGAAGGGACACAGUCUCUGUGCUGUCAGAUCAUGACGAUGUGCACACAGGAGGAUUCACGAUGCAGCUCUGUGGUUUGAGAUAUGGUCAUUCAGGAGUAUCGGGCUCCCAGCGAUGGAGAAGAGCCUUUGGGCCUCUUCUUAAUAUUGUUUUAGCCUUUCCUCUUCUCCACGCACACAUCCUCUUCUGUCCCCAGGUCUCCUCCGUGGUGUGCUUCCUGUUGUCCCCCGCAGCCUCCUUUAUCACUGGACAGUUGAUCAGUGUGGACGGAGGUCAGUCGUUGUACAAUCACUCCUACCACAUACCAG